UUUUCAACGCUAUUGCAGAAACAGAAACCGACAUAGGGGAGCCCAUAUUUGUACAUAUUCAUGUCUCAAACUUUAUUGCCGUAAUUGCUUCUUCUUGCAACGGUAACUUCUACAUACAGAGUAACCCCCCAUUCCACCUUAACUCACCCCUAUAUAGUUACAUUUCCAUACUCAACCAUUCUACAGUUUCCAUUUCUCUCUCUAAUAUUUCUUUAGCUUUGUUGUAUUACCUCACCAAACCCUUCAAUAUCUCCAUGGAUUCUGCUCUGUUUAUUAUUUUAUCUUUUGCCUGUUUUACAUGGUGCUCUUUUGCUUAUCAAUUUAAUGUUGGAGGCAAGAGUGGAUGGGUCUCGAACCCUUCUGAAAAUUACAAUCAUUGGGCUGGAAGAAUGAGAUUCCAAGUCAAUGAUACUCUCUUUUUCAAAUACAAGAAAGGAAUGGAUUCUGUGCUGGUGGUGAAUAAUGAUGAUUAUGAUAAGUGUAAUACAGAGAAGCCAAUAAUCAGGAUGGAAGAUGGAAAUUCAGUGUUCAAGUUUGAUCGAUCGGGGCCUUUUUAUUUUAUUAGUGGAGAUAAAGGGUCUUGUGAAAAAGGUCAAAAGAUGAUUAUUGUUGUUUUGGCUGUAAGGAACUACAACAAGCCACCUUUUGUGCCGGUUCCAGGAAAGGCUCCGCCGCCGAAAGGAGGUGCUUCGCCACCAAAAGGGUCUUCUCCAGGUUCGCCGUCACUUUCUCCGUGGUCACCAUCUGGACCAGCUAUGUCACCAUUUCCGGCAGGGAAAGCACCACCGCCAACGGCCCUAACACCAGGAUUGUCACCCUCUCCGGCAAGUCAUAGUAACGUGCCAUCUCCCACGGCCACCUCUCCGUCACCUUCUCCGGCAAGCCAUGGCAAAUUUCCACCUCCAGGAGCUACCUCUCCAUCACCUUCCCCAACAAGCCAUGGCAACGUGCCAUCUCCCACAGCAACCUCUCCGUCGCCCUCUCCAUCAAGCCAUGGCAACGUGCCAUCUCCCAUAGCAACCUCUCCGUCGCCCUCUCCUGCAAGCUAUGGCAACGUUCCAUCUCCCAAAGCCACCUCUCCGUCGCCCUCUCCUGCAAGCUAUAGCAACGCUCCAUCUCCCACAGCCACCUCUCCAUCGCCCUCUACAGCAAGUCCUGGCAACAUGCCAUCUACCCCGGCAACCUCUCCAUUAAGUCCUGGCAACACACCAUCUACGCCGGCAAUCUCUCCAUCGCCGUCGACCACAACUCCAUCGACGCCUAGUUCAACUUCACCGUCGCCUUUAUCAACCACCCCAGGUCUAUCUCCUCCAGGGACCAAUGGUACUGCUCCGAACUCCGGUAACAAUUCGGCGAACGUUAAUACUGCAGUAUCAGCACCGGCGUUUAGUUCUUCAGUGUCAACAGUCUCACUUAUCUUAAGCGUGGCUUUAUUGUCUACCCUUAGUUAGGAACAUAAUUAUUGUAUUAGGAUUUUUACUUUUUAAAUUAUUUUGGAUGUUAUUUUUGUAGAAAUAUUAUAAUUUUUUUCCCCUUAAAUAUGUUGUCGGUGGGUGACUUGAGCGUGGAUUCAUCAGUAUAUAAACAUAAUAAGAAUAUUGCUGUUCAUAAAUAAAAGCUGUACUACGUUCC